AUGCCUCCGAGGAAAUAUUUACUGGAAUAUGUUUUCUCUUUGAUCGAAGAUGAGCAACUUAUCAUGAAAGCCGAGGUGAACAUUCUCGUGGCCAAGCAUCUGGUCAAGAAAGCCUGGUUGAAAUCCACAUUGAUUCAGCCGGUGAUGCAGCCACCGGAGGAUAAAUGCUAUUUGAUCGAGGACUUUGCUCAUUAUGUGUCUAUUGAUGACAGUCUUUUGGAAGAAGAAAUUGCCUGUUUGGUAUUUGAUGAUGAAGAACAUCGCAAAGAAGCAGAUGAAUGUGAGGCAGUGAAUGCACCGGAAGUUAUCCCAAUCGGAGAGGCGCAGAAGUUAUUGAAUCAGUUGAAGUUGUUUGCCUUAACUAAUGCUCGGAAUUCGGGUGUACAAUUGAUUUAA